CCCCCGCCACCGCCCGGCAGGGAGCUGAGUGGCGCGGUCCUCGGAGAAUCGCAUCAUUCCAGCCCCGCCGUGGGGGUGAGGCCGGGUCAGGAUGCCCGGGUCGUUGGAGGAAAAGGAGGAACUGGACCCAGAGCCCGAGGAGAAGAAAAGGGAAAGACAAGGGACGGAGAUAGAGGGCCAGCGGAGGUAGGCGCCCGGAGCACUAUAGGACGACCGAGGCCGGACCCCGCGAAGUCUCCCAGGCAGUCCGGGACCAGCAGCGCGGAGCAGAGUGCGGGAGCCGUCCGGGGCGCACCAUGCGCGGGUCCCCGGCCACCCGGCCGGUCUACACGGCGGCCGCCUGGGUCACGUGGCCCGGGCGCGUCCGCUGCUGUCCUGGCGUGGGGGCGGGCGGCGGGCCGGGGGCGCGCGGUGCCCGGGGCCGCGGCGAGCCGGUGGCGGCAGCCAGGUUCCCUCUCUGCGCGCUGCGCUGCGCCCCGGGCGCGGGAGCCGCCCACUGCCUCCCCGCGCUUGCCCCCCCGCCAGGCUGCCGGCCUCUAUAUAGCGCACCCCUGCACUGCCCGCGCCAGGCCACUAGCCACUCAGGGGGAGCUGCAGAGCGCGCCGCGCCGGGGAGCCAGCCCCCCGCCCCCUGCGCCGCCGCCCCGACGGGCGCCUCGCGCCGUGGCCGGCGCCGCCGGGCCCCCGCGGCCACCAUGAAGAAGGAGGUGUGCUCCGUGGCCUUCCUCAAGGCAGUGUUCGCCGAGUUCCUGGCCACCCUCAUCUUCGUCUUCUUUGGCCUCGGCUCGGCCCUCAAGUGGCCGUCAGCGCUGCCCAGCAUCCUCCAGAUCUCACUGGCCUUUGGCCUGGCCAUAGGUACCCUGGCCCAGGCCCUGGGGCCGGUGAGCGGCGGCCACAUCAACCCGGCCAUCACGCUGGCUCUCCUGGUGGGCAACCAGAUCUCCCUGCUCCGGGCCGUCUUCUACGUGGCGGCCCAGCUGGUGGGCGCCAUCGCCGGGGCGGGCAUCCUCUAUGGGCUGGCACCACUUAAUGCCCGAGGCAAUCUGGCCAUCAACGCGCUCAACAACAACACAACCCAGGGCCAGGCUAUGGUAGUGGAGCUGAUUCUGACCUUCCAGCUGGCACUCUGCAUUUUCUCCUCCACCGACUCCCGCCGCACCAGUCCUGUGGGCUCUCCGGCCCUGUCCAUUGGCCUUUCCGUCACACUGGGCCACCUUGUGGGGAUCUACUUCACCGGCUGCUCCAUGAACCCAGCCCGCUCUUUCGGCCCUGCAGUGGUUAUGAAUCGCUUCAGCUCUGCUCACUGGGUGUUCUGGGUAGGCCCCAUCGUGGGGGCCAUCCUGGCUGCCAUCCUCUACUUCUACCUGCUCUUCCCCAACUCCCUGAGCGUGAGUGAGCGCGUGGCCGUCAUCAAGGGCACAUAUGAGCCUGAGGAGGACUGGGAAGAGCAACGAGAGGAGCGAAAGAAGACCAUGGAGCUGACUGCCCGCUGACCUGUGUCAGGAAGGGGUCAGUCCCCUAGCCCCGGAACCACAGGGGCAAAAUAUGUACAUAUAUGACAGCAAAGCUUCCUUCCCCUACAGCUGGGUCCUCUGGGCUAGGGAGGAGGUGCUGGCUCCCCCAGCUUCACAAUAAGGAAUGGGAGCCGGAAUCCAUGAUGGGACUCUUGGGUGGGGGCCAGGGGUUGGUGUCUGAUGGGGAGGCGGGUCUGUCUGGGACAGGGCAGCCUGCUGCCAUGAGGUCGGACCUCAGAGACUGAAAGUAGCACCAAGCUUACAGGCUGCAUGGGGGCCAAGCUAGGAAGGGGUGGCCAGCAGUCUGUAUGCCCCUAUCUUCCCCCCCCCCGCCCCCACCUUAAGAGCCAGAGGCGUCCCAGUCCCUUGGACCUGAAGAGGCUGCCCCUCCCCAGAUUGCCUUGGGAGGGAGACAGACUGAUUCAUUAAAUGCUGCCUUAUUUAUUUCUGCUCAAGGGUGCACAGGGUAGUGCCGGUGUUUGGGGCAGGGGUGUACCAAUAAACCACUGACAUUCA